AUGGCCACCACCGACGAGCGCGCGGAAGACGCCAUGGACGUCGAUGUGUCGCCCAAAAACAAAACCACCGUCGAGCAGGACAUCCACCAGUCGCUGGGCUCCAUCAGCAACUCCGUCGAAUCCCUCGAGAUGCGCGCCGACCCCGAUGCUCAAGCGACCGUCACCGACUUCCUCGACUUCACCGAAUACCUCCCUUCCGACAUGAUGCGAUCGCUGACCUUGAUCGGCAAGCUCGACCAGACCUACGGCCAAGCGUCUCUCAACGUCCACAACCUCACUUCCACCUGGGGCAAGCUUCCCAGCAUCCCUGCCGAGGAGCGCCCUUCUCCCGUGCAGCUUCGCGCCGACAUUUCCAACAGUCUUAAUCAUGCGGUUGGCUCCAGGGUCUACUCGCAUGCUGAGGCGGUGCGCAUGUCCGAGAACGUCAACCGACACUAUAAUCGCGCAAAGACGAUACUGGCGAAGCUGAAGACGAUGAUGGAUAACUAUCCUACGGAAGAACAAAAGAGCCCCGUCGCGACAUCCAAAUCCCCGCAGCUCGUCAGGGCGCCAAAGAUGCCGAGGAACGGCGACGGAGAAAAGGUGCGACGGCCGCGUAUACCCAGGAUUACCGUUCCUGGCGAGGUGCUCCCUCCAUUUGAUCAGUUCAUUGCAUACUCGGACGACAGCGAUGAGAGCUCCGAAGAGGAUGAUGACGAGUCUCUUCCCGGACGGACGCCUGGCCGCACCGGAACGCCGGCGCCGAGGAUCAAAGUUGUCAAGACGCCGAAGGCUUCAGCGAGACCCCCAAAGACACCCAAGCCGUCCUCCUCAGCGAGACCACCCAAAGCAGCUGCAACGCCCGCGACAGCAGCUACGCCCUCUGUCCCGCUGCAGCCUCCGCCGGAGAACGCCGUCAUAGGAAGUACGGACGCUCCUUGGCUGCAGCUGACGCCUUGGGAGCUGGCUCGGCUGAGGAAGCGCAUGAAAAAGAAUGCUACUUGGAACCCUAGCGACACAAUGAUACUGAGAGAGCUUAAGACGCUUGGCCGUGGCAUUGAUGCCUACAAGGAGGCGAAAAAGAAGGCCGAGGAUGAGGGCAGAACCUUUGACCAGGUCCCUCCAGCUCUGGCCCCUGACGCUGGAUCUGAGAACAAGCCGAUUCCUGAGGGUGCUAUAAGUGCUGCUGCCCUGGCUUCGGACGACAUUCAGUUGAGCAACAGAGGAAUGAAGCUCAACGAGGCUAAGAAACUGAAGCGAGAAUCUCUAGCGAAGCAAGCAGCAGAGGAGGCCGAGGAAUCCGCCAGGCAAUUCAGAGAAGCGGCACGUCUGUUGAUGUCCCGCGAGAAGGCGCCGGUACCACCGGUCGUAAACAAUGAUCAAUCAAAGGCCACCCCGAAGUCAAAUACGAGGUCACGCGCAAAGCCAAAUGGAAAGCGAAAGAGAGGUUCAGUUCCGGAGGCAGAAGCUGAGAAGCCCGAAGUGGCCCAGACACCAGCUGCCCGUCCGGCACCAAAGCGCAGCAAGAUGGAGACUCCAGUCCCGCUACCCAACCUCAGAGCGAAUCUCACCUCGCAGCCGUUGACCGAGACUCCCAUACCUCCUCCAGUCCUUACACCAGGAGGCUCUGCCGCAACCCCUAAGACGACAACACCUGUGCCGAUUCCUGUACCAGGACUGGAAAAUCCUGCCGCUACUCCUGCCGCGCCAAAGCCAGCGAACACAAGUGCACCGGCCUCAUCACCGACCGGUUCAGUCGGUCCCGCCGGUCCAACCGGUCCAGCCGGGUCCCCUCCCGCCCCGAUCCCCGCAAAUAUUGUAACCAAGCCACCUUCCGAGACCGCUAUUCCUCCACCCGUCUUGUCUCCGAAGAAGUCUAAUACUCCCAUCAUUCCUCCCGUCCGCGAACCCGCAACGAGAAGAGAGACAAGGGGCACCUCAAACUCGCUCGUCGUCAGCUGCUCCCUCAAUCAAGCAAUCGUCAUCCAGAGCAGCUACUCCGGGUACCACACCCGUUCCGGAAGGAGGUCGUCGUCCCAGCUCGCGAGUACCGCUCGGAACACACCUGCGCCGGAGUUUCGACAGCCGAGUAAGAGGACUAGGAAGCCCGCGCCCGGUAUUGUCAGCAAGACGAACGCUGGAGGCAGUAGUGCCGCUUCCAAGCGUAAAGCCGCGCCCAAAAAGAAGCGGGCUCAGAAGAAGGAGAAGGGCCAGCCGAUUGAGGUGGAGCUGGAGGAGGACGACGAGGGAAACCCCAUAGACCCGAACGAGCCACGGUAUUGCGAUUGCAACGGAGUGAGCUAUGGGAACAUGAUCGCGUGUGACAACGAUACCUGCGAAAAGGAAUGGUUCCAUCUACAGUGCGUCGGCAUGGAAAAGGUCCCUGCGCGUACGACGAAAUGGUACUGCCCCGACUGCCGGGUGCGACUGAACAUUGGGGAGAAGGGCGAAGUAAACGCCAGGGGUGUCAAGGCGUAG